CCAGGCGCCGAAGAGGCCGCGCCCCGGCCGUCGCCCGAGCCCGACGACGCGGCCGCCGCGCUGCGCUUGGCGCUGGAUCAGCUGUCGGCGCUGGGGCUCGGGCGUGCGGGGGCCCCGGGCACCGACGGCGCGGACGGCGGGGAGCCCGAGCCCGCGCCCCCCGACGGGUGCGAGGCACUGCCGCGGGUGGAGCCGGACGGGAGCCCCCCCGCGCCGCCGCCGCCCGCGCCCGACGUGUUCGCGGGCUUCGCCCCGCACCCCGCCGCCCUGGGUGCCCCGGCGCUGCUGGCUGAGCCGCUGAGCGUGAUCGGCAGCCGAAAGAAGAGCGUGAACAUGACCGAGUGCGUGCCGGUACCGAGCUCCGAGCACGUCGCCGAGAUCGUGGGGCGCCAGGGCUGCAAGAUCAAGGCCCUUCGCGCCAAGACCAACACAUACAUCAAGACUCCGGUGCGCGGGGAGGAGCCGGUGUUCAUCGUGACCGGCCGCAAAGAGGAUGUGGAGAUGGCCAAGCGGGAGAUCCUGUCGGCCGCCGAGCACUUCUCCCUGAUCCGGGCCUCUCGCGGCAAGGCAGGUGGACUGCCGGGUGCCGCCCCAGGGCCCCCCAACCUGCCGGGACAGACCACCAUCCAGGUGCGCGUGCCCUACCGUGUGGUGGGCUUGGUGGUGGGGCCCAAGGGCGCCACCAUCAAGCGCAUCCAGCAGCGGACACACACCUACAUCGUGACACCCGGGCGUGACAAGGAGCCCGUGUUCGCGGUGACGGGGAUGCCCGAGAACGUGGACCGCGCUCGCGAGGAGAUCGAGGCGCACAUCACGCUGCGCACGGGUGCCUUCACGGACUCGGGCCCGGACAGCGACUUCCACGCCAAUGGCACCGACGUCUGCCUAGACCUGCUGGGCGCCACCGCCGGACUCUGGGCUAAGGCCCCUCACCCGGGGCGGCGGCCCCCCGCAGCCACAGCCACUGGCGGGCUCCGCGGAGACAAUGCCCUGGGCGCACCCGACGCCUUUUACGCAGGCGGCCGAGUGGGGCCACCAGGGCCAGACCCGGGCCCCGCCAGCCCCUACAGCAGCUCCGGCAAUGGGGGUUUCACGUUCGCCGGGGAUAGCACGGGGACUCCCGCGCCCGAGGACUGCGACUUUGGGUUUGACUUCCUGGCCCUUGACCUCACUGUGCCCACCGCGGCCACCAUCUGGGCACCUUUCGAGCGCGCCCCGCCCCCCCUGCCCACCUUCAGUGGCUGUGCAGCCGUCAACGGGACCCCCGGGCCACCUCCGGCGGGGGCGCGGCGAGGCAGCGGGACGGCCACCCCUCGCCACUCGCCCACGCUGCCCGAGCCCGGCACUGGCAGUGGCCUGGGCCUGGAGCUCCCUCUGGCACGCAGGGGCGCCCCGGACCCAGUGUGCACGCUCCCUUGGCGACCCCCACAUGGCACCCUGCCGCCCUUUUCCAGUGGCACUGGCUUCUCUGCACCCACCUCGCUGGACGCGAGCGCUUCCGAUGGCAACCGCAAGUCCUCAGGGACAACCUCUGCACCCUCGGCGCCCGCAGUCCCCGGCCCGCCCACCGCCGCCCUGGCCCGCGAGUGCGUGGUGUGCACCGAGGGCGAGGCCAUGGCUGCGCUGGUCCCCUGCGGCCACAACCUCUUCUGCAUGGACUGCGCCGUCCGCAUCUGUGGCCGCAGCCAGCCUGAGUGUCCUGCCUGCCGCACACCAGCCACGCAGGCCAUUCGCGUGGGGGCGGUCAGCCAGCGGCCCAGCUGUGACACCUCAGUUCCUGACAAGUGACAGUACUGAGUGGACAGGUUCAAAUAAACAGAGAAGAGGUCUCCUUGCACUUUCUACUUAGGGCCCUCCCUCUCCCAGGGUGACCUUAAAAACAGAAAUGAAAAAACCCAUGAUUUUUACAACUUUAUCGUCUUCCCUUUGUGUGUGGCUGCUUCAGAUUUGACAGUGUGUUCUUGCCCGCCGGUUUCAGAUGACCCCAACACUUCAGAAAGAAGGGUGGCGUUUUUAACUCUUUUGGGGUUCGUGUUUACCGUUUUGUACACAGCUACCCAUGGCCCCCCGGGAGGCAGGGGGUGGGGUCCUGGGCUCCUGAACACAGAUUUCUCUUUUUUCUCCCUAAUUAUGAAUCCCCUUCCUGCUGUGCUUUGGUUGUCUUUUUUAAAAAAUUUUUUAAAAGUGUUUUUUUUUAAACUUUUACUUUUUACCUCUUGUGUAUAUGUAGGGAAUUUAUAGGGAAAUGUGUACUUUAUGGAAUAAAUUUUAAGAACUAAAAUAUAUUUUAUUUUAAAUAAAAGUAAUGGACCUUUAAUCUUCCACAGCUAAAUUACUGAUUAUAUAUUUGCUGAGCUGAUUUAAAGGUUAAAAAAUUGUAUCAAGAGUUUUAUUUUUUGACUUCAAAGCCUUCUUAAUAAAGUCUUUUUAUUACA